GUACCAUUCCUCCUCCGCACCCUUCGAUCCGGUGCCAAGUUUUAAUGGCCAAAUAUUUUCGGGCCACUUGCGCUUACGAACGAACCGAAGAGAUAGGCUUAUGUUUUCUCCGAACCGUCGCGGUAGUCGAAGCUCAACCCACGGACUUGUCUUCAGACCCCCGGGUGGUGCGGUUGCUCGACGAAUUCGCCGAUGUCUUCGAGUCACCUACCGGCAUAGUGCUGGAUCGGCCGAUCUCACACGAGAUCAUUCUCGAGGUCGGUGCCUUGUCGCCGAAAGGUUGCAUUUAUCUCAUGAGCAAGGAGGAACUUACAGUACUCCGCGCGCAGCUCGACGACUUGUUGGACAAAGGCUGGAUCCGGCCUAGUAGCUCACCCUAUGGUGUGCCAGUUCUCUUCGUUCGGAAGAAGAACAAGGACCUUCGCAUAUGCAUCGAUUACCGCAAGCUCAAUGCGCAGACCGUCAAGAACGCGGGACCUCUUCCUCGUAUUGAUGACCUUCUGGAGCGCUUGGGCGGCGCGAAAUUCUUCUCCAAACUGGAUUUGAAGUCGGGAUAUCAUCAGAUCUUGAUUCGGCCGCAAGAUCGCUACAAGAUCGCGUUCAAGACACGGUACGGGCACUUCGAGUGGGUCGUCAUGCCUUUCGGACUCACCAACGCCCCGACGACUUUUCAAGCGGCAAUGACCAACGAGUUCCGCGCAAUGCUGGACCGGUUCGUGCUGGUCUACUUGGACGACAUCCUCGUCUAUAGCCGGACCUUGGAGGAACAUCUUGACCAUCUUCGACGAGUGUUGGGGACACUCCGGCGCGCCAAGUUCAAAGCUAACCGCGACAAGUGCGAGUUCGUGCGCCAAGAGUUGGAAUACUUGGGCCACUUCGUCACUCCACAAGGCAUCAGUCCGUUGUCGGACAAGAUUCAAGCCGUCCAAGAUUGGCCGGAGCCACGGAACGUCACGGAUGUCCGAUCAUUCCUUGGGCUCACCGGCUACUACCAACGUUUCAUCAAAGGGUACUUGAAGAUCACGGGCCACUUAUUCAAGCUUCAAUGCAAGGAUCAGCCGUUUGACUUCGGGACGGACGCGCGGGAAUCAUUCUUGGCCCUCAAGGCCGCAUUGCUUUCUGCGGAGGUAUUGCGGACAUACCACCCGCUAUUGCCAACGCGCAUCACCACAGACGCAUCCAGCUAUGGCAUUGGGGUUGUCUUCGAGCAACAUGACGGCGUGGACUGGCACCCAGUCGAAUACUUCAGCAAGAAAGUGUCGGUCGUGCACUCCAUCGAUGAUGCACACAAGAAGGAACUUCUCGCCUUCGUCCACGCACUCAAGCGGUGGAGGCACUUCCUCCUUGGUCGACGCCAUUUCCGAUGGGUAACACACGACAAUCCGUUUAUCUUCUACAAGUCUGAAGACACCGUCAACAACACCAUCGCCCGUUGGAUGACCUUCAUCGACCAAUUGGACUUCUUUCCCGAUCACAUUCCGGGGAAGUCGAACCGUUUUGCAAAUGCUCUUUCAAGGCAUCCGGGCCACUGCACCGCGGUCUACUCAACCUUCGAGAUCGAGGACGACUUGUGGGACAGCUUCAUCCGCGGCUAUCAAGCCGACCCCGAGUUUCGUGACAAGUACGCGAAUUGUUCCUCUCCCAAUCCGACGCCUUCACACUAUCGGAUCCAAGAGGGAUACUUGCUUCUUCACUCGCGGGGGAAGGAUCUCCUUUGUGUGCCGCAAGAUUCACACUUGCGCACCCGGCUUCUUGGCGAGUUCCACGACGCCCCCGCCACCGGACACUUUGGCAUCAAUCGCACGAUUGGCCGACUACGCGAGCGCUUUUGGUGGCCCGGUCUCCUCGACGACGUCACGCACUAUUGCGAGUCAUGUGAAGUUUGCCGACGUUGAAAAUCUCGCAAUCAUCGUCCGUAUGGCGAACUGCGACCAUUACCAGUCCCCUUGCGCCGAAGGGAAGCAAUUGCCAUGGA